CCGGGGUGGCGGCCGCCUGCGAGAGCGGGGCCGGGCGCAGCAGGGUUCCCGCCGCCCCGUGGGGCAUGCGGAGAGCGGCCGGGAGGGACAUGAGCCCGCCGGGCACCGCAGCCCAGCGACAGCGGCGCCUCCGGCGGCUGCUCCUGCUGCUGUUGCUCCAGGCCGCCCGCCCUGCGCAGGGGCAGCGGGCUGCAACAAAUAGUUCAGUCCCAGAUGUCUGUGCCACUUGCCAUGCUAACGCCAUGUGUCAGCAAAAAGAAGGCAAAAACGUCUGCAUCUGUAACUAUGGAUUUGUGGGUAAUGGGAGGACUUAUUGUCAAGAUAAAGAUGAAUGCCAGAUUGGAGCGAGUAAGAUCUGUGGCGAGCAUACAUCAUGUCACAACACACAUGGAAGUUUUUACUGCAUUUGUCUUGAAGGAUACCAUCCCUCUAACAACAACAAGACAUUUAUCCCCAAUGAUGGCACGUAUUGUGCAGAUAUAGAUGAGUGCCAGCUGUCAGGUCUGUGUGGUGUCGGGGGACAAUGUGUGAACACUGUUGGAAGCUACCACUGCUAUUGUAUGGAAGGAUAUAGACCAGAAAAUGGAACAGAAUUUCUUCAUCCAUCUGGAAAUACUGUUUCGUGCAAAGCUGUGGAUUGUGGGGUCCCACCUUCUGUCUUGAAUGCAUAUUCAGAUCCUGUAAGGACUACCACCUAUGGAAGUGAAGUUGCUUAUAAUUGCCUGCAUGGUUAUGUUAUUGAAAGUGGUAACCAGACUGCAGUUUGUAAUGCCAAAGGACAAUGGGAAGGUGCUGAUCUGGUGUGCAAAGAAAUAGACUGUGGCAGACCUUUGUGGAUUCCACACGCAGAAAUGAUCUGGGACAACUCCACAACUCUAGGAAGCAUGGUGUAUUAUAAAUGUAGUGAAGGGUUUCAUUUUAGUGGAGAGAAGAAUUUUUCACAAUGCACAAUAAUUCAGAAAUGGGAAAAUAUCACAGGUGUAUGUGAAGUAACAGAUUGUGGCAGACCUCCUUCAAUCCCUAACACAGACAUGAUUUGGAAUAACAUUUCCCAGCUGGGGAGUGCAGUGCACUACCAAUGUAAAAAGGGAUUCCACAGCAUAAAUGGGAGGAAUACGUCACAUUGUACUUAUAAUGGAUCCUGGGAAAUUCCAGCUCUAAUAUGUAAAGAAGUAGAUUGUGGCAUUCCUCCACCAAUACAACAUGCUGAGCUAUUGUGGAAUCCCAGUUCGAGUCUUGGAAGUGUGGUGCAGUAUUCAUGUCAGAAGGGAUUUGAAUAUGCUGGUGGAAACAAUAUUUCAGUUUGCACAGAAGAAGGUGUUUGGGUAAAAAGCACUUUAACAUGCACAGUGAAGGCAGCUAUUGAAAAUGUGUCUAUAUUUAAUCAAACCUGUGUGAAGUGGAGAAGGAGCACUAGAGAAACCAACUUGAAGAUGGUGUAUUUGUUUCAUGUACAAGGGCGAAGAUGGCAUCAGAAGGCAUUUUUUCAUGAAGCAACGUUUAACUUCAUGGCAGAGGAAGAAACUCCAGAGCUGUGCCUAGACCUAAAGGCAGGCACUAACUACACCGUGAACAUCACUGUAUUGUCUCCUGAGCCCUCAAGACCAGUCACUGUAACAAUCAGUACAGUCGAAGAGGAAGGAUUCAGCAAUGUUUCAGUAUUUAAUGAUACCUGUUUGAAAUGGAAGAGACAUUCUGGAAGAAUUGGGGUGAAGGAAACCUACCUAAUUCACAUACAGGCACAACAGGGAUACUUGGUGAAAUCCUCCCAUGAAAUGAUGAUUAACUUCACCACUGAAGAAGAGAACCCAGAGGUGUGUUUGCCUCUACACCUGGAUGUAAACUACACUGUGACUAUCACUGAGGCAUCUACCAAGGUUCUUUUACAAAUCCCCAUAAUGCUCCCAGCAAAGGAAGAGGAAUUGCUCAGCAAUGUGUCCAUAUUUAAUGAAACCUGUGUGAAGUGGCAGAGAAAAGUUGCAAGAGCUGGGUCAAAGGAAACAUACACAUUUCGUAUAUUGGGACGAAGAUGGCACCAGAAGGAAUUCUCUCGUGAAAUGAUAUUUAACUUCACAACAGGGAAGUACUUGCUGAAAGUCUCCGAUGACAGCUUAAAAUAUUUGACUGAGGUAUUCAAGGUCUACAAGAAUACUGAUUCUGUUUGCUUUUUAGAUCCUCCAUUCCCAGAAAUAGAGUUUGUUACCGUACAAGGUCCUGCACCAGCACUCAGCCUACGAAAAGCAGAAGAUAGAAACGGACCUAUCAGUUUUUAUCAAGUGAUUGUGCUUCCCUUGGCCUUGCAAAGCACAUUUACUUGUGAUUCCCUAGCUGCUGUGACUUUCUUUAGCAAUGCCACUGAUGCUGAGGGGUAUGUGGCAGCUGAAUUCCUCGCCAAGGAUGUUGCUGACAACAUGCUGAUCUCUCUUGGAGACAGACAUUACUAUGGGGCAUUCUAUAAUGCUCCCUUAAAGCAGGGGAAAGAUUACUGUGUGGUACUGAGAAUUAUAAGCCAAUGGAAUAAGAUGAGGACACAAUCUUGUGCAGUUUGGGCACAAAUUGAAGAUUUAUCACCCGCUCUGCAACAUAUGACUCUUGCUGGAUUAGGGUCAGUCACUGCUGUCUGCCUUAUACUGUUCUUGUCCUUCUUGGCAGCACGUUCUUAUCUGCACAGCACAGUCCAUAUACCUCCAGCUGCACUGGCCAAAGGAGUAUCCUAUGAGACUACCAUAGAUUCUGCAGGAGGGGGUAUUGCAUCAUCUUUCCUAGAGAUUGAAAGUGUGUCUCUUCUGUAAUGCAUUCAUCCCCCAUUUGCCUAGAAGACAGAAGGAGAGAGAAUCCAGAAUCUCUUUGUUACAUCAAUACUGCAUUGCCCUUUACUGUAUCUGCACACCCUACGCCAACGACUACAUGAAUAGUUGGCGUUUGAAAUGGAAAGUGAGAUACUCGGGCCUUCCUUGAUUUCUUCAUUACUUUUAGCGCAGUUUAGGACUUUCACCAAGGUGUGUAUGUCAGAAGAAACGUGCAAGGACAUUUCCAAGCCUCUAUGUACAGGUGAAAGCCUUUUAACCCUCCUAGAAAUGUGGAUACCCAGUAUAACAGCUGUCUUGGAGUAUGUUGUUGCUGUUAGUAGUAUAUAGUUCAAAUGAAAGAACAAAAUUCUUUUAAGGCCAGGCAGUAUUCUGAUACCCUCACAGUGAGUACACUUGACUCCACAAAUGGUCCUGUUGAUUUCAAUGGGAUUACUCAAAGAGCAAAUUGCUAUUUGAAAAUCAAUUAGGUCCAUAAUCUGUUUUAGAAUGUCAGAGAACACUAGCCCCUCCCCCCCCAAGUUAAAACCAAAAAGCAGCUGUUGCAUGACCAGAUAGAAAGCUCAAUCCGUUAAAAGUAAGUGUAGCUUCAAUAAAAUGUUUAAAAGUGUUACAGAAUUGAGUAAUCACACUUAAAUAUGUGUUACCAAACAGAUGUGUUCAGAAGGCAUUAAGGAUUACUGCAAAUAAACUACAAAAUACUACAUGCACCUAUAUAACAUUGACUUAAGUGCAGUGUGCUAAUCAACUGUGCAGCAUUAAUGAUUUGUGAUUUUUUUUAAUAAGGAGCUACAUGUCUUCAAUUGCAAUUUAUUUCAUCUCUAUACUUCUGUCAUAAUUUACAGUUGUGGAGAAUCAUGAAGAUCACAUGUUUAAUGUAACAUCUGGUUAAUAUAACCUGAUAUGGAUAAAAUCAGCCAAUUUGCUGUGAUGCAUUCAGGAUUAGUGAAUUUUUCCUGUAUAAGAAAGUUUCAAGUACUUUUGAUUUUACUUCAGUUCCUGUUCAGAAGUCACUCCAGAAUGAUAGCAAAAUCAUGCUAACUAGUGAAAUAAAAAGAUCUUAAUUUUUA